GCGAAGAUGAUCUCUGAUUGGAGGCUCCUCACGCUAUAUGCCAUGCCUAUCGGAGAGCACGUCAGAGGCUUAGGAUCUUACGUAUACUUAUACCCUGUGCGACUAGAGAAUUAUUAUUCAAUAGUUAUCGACCGACGACGCGUCCUGUCAUAUAAGAUGUGCGGCGUAUAUCUAGCAAUAUGAAUAUAGAAUGAGUGCCUGACGACUUAUAAGUAACACUUAGCUUUAAAAUAGACACUUUCAUGUUCAUGGGUUAAAUCUAAAACAUAUCAUUGAUCAAUACUAACCGCAAUGUCGGGGGAGCCGGUCGUCACGAAAGAUGGCCUUGACGUAGCAACGCCCAGUUCCAUUACAGUCGCAAACGCAGACAAUAUUCCCCAGCGACCGGACAAUGUUUCUUUCUAUCGGAGUACACUUUUUCAAAUUCUAGUUGUCGGAAUAUGCGCCUUUUCAGCACCCGGAAUAUGGAGCGCUAUGAAUGGUCUCGGAGUUGGUGGAUCGCAAAGUCCGGAUCUCGUCAACGCCGCCAACGCAUUGCUAUAUGCAUUCAUGACAAUUACUUGUUUUAUUUCUCCGUGGUUGACAAAUGCAAUUGGAUUUCGGUGGACGCUGUCACUAGGAACGCUUGGUUAUCCUCUAUAUGCGGCUGGUCUCUACGUCAAUAAUCGAUUUGGAAGUACAUGGUUCGUGUACGUCGGUGCGGUUGCUUGCGGUAUUAGUGCUGGGUUCUUUUGGGGUGUUGAGGGUGCGAUUGCGACUGGAUAUCCUGAGCAGCAUAAGAGGGGGCGUUACAUUGCGACUUGGUUUACUUUCCGCAAUUUCGGAAAUAUUAUUGGUGGUGCUAUCUCGCUGGCUCUCAAUAUCAACGUUAAUCAUCGUGGUCAAGUUGGAUACCAGACAUAUCUGGGUUUUAUCGCUAUUCAAUGCCUUGGCUGCGUGUUUGCUUUACUUCUUUCGAACCCAGAGAAGGUGCAGCGUGAUGAUGGAACUCGUAUCGAAGCGCCAAGGGGGAUCCACUGGCGCACCGAGCUUCGCGAAAUGUGGAGGUUGGCGAGGAGCAAAUCGAUUUUGCUUUUGACGCCCCUUUUCUGGUACUUCGGCUGGACUCAAGCGUAUCCGGGUACUUAUCUGGCUACAUAUUUCACAGUGCGAUCCAGAGCUCUCGGUAGCUUCAUGGCCGCCAUCGUCGGCACGAUAGCGACUUGGUUAAGUGGCAUAUUGGUCGAUAUCCAGUGGACUAAGAAGAGACAGAACCGCGCGGUUACCACGUUUGUCAUAAUCGCACUACUCAACAGUGCGACAUGGAUCUGGGCUGUGUUCAUUCAAAACGAAUACCGACAUACACUUCCCGUCUUAGAUUGGGGCAAUCAAGCCACGUUCGGUCGUGGCUUCGGAGUUUAUAUGGUCGAACGAAUCAGCGUCGGGAUGAUUGAAAACUACAUAUAUUGGUGCAUUAGCAACCUAUCGGACUCGCCUGGCGACCAAAUCAGAUACAGCUCCUUGCUUCGGGGUAUCGAGACAGCGGGUGUUUGUAUAGGAUUCGGAGUUCAGGCUGUCCCGACUGCGCUCAUUGCUACUGCUAGCAUAAAUCUUGGGCUUUGGUUCUUUGCACUACCGUUUAGUUACUAUGCUACGGUGAGGGUAGUCAGAAAGUUCAACAUAAUAACGAAGGCAGACGAUGAAGAUUCUCAGGUUGAGACAGCAAAUCCGUAAUGCCGCAUGUAUUUAAACUGCACUUAAAACAGAUCAUGUUGGAUCUCUUUGCAGACCGAGGCACCCUCGGAGAUAAGAUCAUCCAAUAGGACAUAGUGUUGGGGAAAUAAGAUAGUGGCGUACGCCUCCAUCCUUAUCCUGUCCUACUUCAAUUACCAAAUACAGAGACACCUAAUUUCUAGUGACUCUCGAGCUUCCUCGUUCUCUGUCCUAGGCAAUUCCACGCUCGAGUGAAAUGUCCCCCCAGACGCAGUGCAUCCAUCCUUUUCAGCAUCACUAUCAAAGAACUUUAGGAUU